UGUGCAAAAGUGUAUCACACCAUCAGAGCCAAAGUGCAUUUUAGCCAAGAACACAUAGCAACCAUGAUCCAUUCAAAGAAGCUUGCUCAGCUUGCCAAGAAGUGCCAGAGGCUGGUGGCAGCUGGUGGCCAGCAGACUGCAGACACCGACGGAUGCUGCAGCACUGCCUCUGUUGCAGACAGGGGUCACUGUGUCAUGUACACUGUUGAUGGAUCACGGUUCGAGGUCCCUUUGGUGUACCUUGGCACAAUGGUCUUCGGUGAGCUCCUGAGGAUGUCUCAAGAGGAAUUUGGCUUCUCUAGUGAUGGCAAGAUCAAAUUACCUUUUGAUGCCUCUGUGAUGGCCUAUGUGAUGUGUUUGAUUAGGAGAGAGGCCUCUGAAGAGGUUGAGAAGGCAUUCCUGAGCUCCAUAGCAAGGCCUUGCCACAGUGCGAGUUAUGUGGCUUCAGUGAAACUUAAUCAGCAAUUUGCUGUUUGUAGCUAGUGAUAAAUGUUUUGUUCAGUUGAAUGUAAAUUAUAAGAGUUGUAGGAA